AUGGCCAAAGGCGAGAGCUCCCAACAACAGGCCGAUGGCCAGAACGUCAAGACCCAGGGCGCAGUCGAGAAGGCGAACAACCCCAUGCGCGAGCUCCGCAUCCAAAAGCUCGUCCUCAACAUCUCCGUCGGCGAAUCUGGUGACAGGUUGACAAGAGCGGCAAAGGUGUUGGAGCAGCUGAGCGGUCAGACGCCUGUGUACAGCAAAGCACGCUACACUGUCCGAACCUUCGGUAUCCGUCGUAACGAGAAGAUCGCCGUCCACGUCACCGUCCGCGGCCCCAAGGCAGAGGAGAUCCUUGAGCGCGGCCUCAAGGUCAAGGAGUACGAGCUGAGGAAGCGCAACUUCAGCGAGACGGGCAACUUCGGCUUCGGUAUCUCUGAGCACAUCGAUCUGGGCAUCAAGUACGACCCGGCGAUCGGUAUCUACGGCAUGGACUUCUACUGCUGCAUGACCCGCCCCGGUGAGCGCGUUGCCAAGCGCAGGCGCUGCAAGUCCCGCAUCGGCGCGUCGCACCGCAUCAACCAGCAGGAGACGGUCAAGUGGUUCAAGAACAGGUUCGAGGGUAUCGUGAGGUAG